AUGCCAGACAAGAUAGCCCACACACGCUCCUCGUCGCGUUACCGCUUCUUUGGCGCAUCGUCGCGUCCAGCAUCCAGCGAUCAGGCAGAGGCGCAACGACGUGCACAUGCCAAGCGUAAACCGAGUCCUGCCUCCGCCCACAGCGCGCCAUUCAUCAGUGAUCAAGUGCGACAUGUUCCUCUCCAACCGCCUUCUACCGGUGUCGGCGCGUCAUCGCAUCAUUCAAGGGAGACACGCGCGUCGCUUUUUGGCGAUGAUGAGUAUCGCCAUGUUCCAGGCAACGUUCAUCUCCAGACGGAUGAUUCACUGGAACGCCUGAUUUGUGCAACGGGUGCCAUUCCACUCCUCCGACAAAUGGCGACAGACUUGGCGUUUCGCGAUGCGCAAAUCACAGAAGUGCGUCGCGUUGCUGAGGAAAGGGAGAAGAGGCUCAAGCAGAUGUUGUUCGAUGCUGGUGUCUCGCGGUCUGAUGUGGAACGUCGGCUUGCAGCGCCUUUGCAGCGACGUUCAUCACGCGAGAGUCUCAUGUCUCGCAAGAGUAUUUUCAGCACAAUAGAUACCUUGGAUGAUCGGAUACAAGACGCCAUCACAAGUCGCGGCACAUCAACACCGGAAGAGAUACAGCCUGCAACGCCCGCUUUGCCUGCAGCAGAAUUGUCUGAGCAUCCGGUAGAGACACCUACGGGAGCAGCGGAUAGCCCUGUCAGCAACGCAGUGCUCAAAAAACCAUUAGACUCGCACCCUCAUGAGCGCAGAAAACAAUCUGUCACUGGCAUCAAAACACAGGAUUGGCUUCCUUCCGGCCUCCGAGAAACGGCGCAUUCUGUCAUGCCCAAUACCGUGGCUGCAAUUCCGCUCGCUGGUGUCGUGAAGCAGCACCUAGAACUCAAGACGUUCAUCCCUGAGGCUGAUCAACCACCGACCAUGUUCCCGGCAUGGAAUGAUGGACAUAUCCCUGGCAGCAUCUUGACGGAUAGGUUUGGCUUCAAGCUCUUCGAUGAACGGUCAAAGCGACGGCAAGUCAGUGAGGCGUUUCUAAAUAUCAGCGAUGAUCAAACACCUGCGCGACCGAUUGAUUUGCAGCUACCAGAGUUUUCCUUGGUAGAUGUAGACAAUGUGGACGUGCCUAUCAGCCCUGUUUCAAUGGUUGCAAAGCCAGGCAGUCGGUCCAGCGAGUCGAUGCCACUUGAUGCACCAGCGACGAAAGACUCAAUCGACGCGAAAGCGGACGAAGCUGCUUCCAUGACAACCUCGAGCAGCCACAAGAAUCUGCUCAACUUGACCAAUAUCGUGCAGUCACCGAAACCGCUCACACCGGAAACGACUCUCAACAAGCCCGAUGCUGUCUUUCACCAGAACGACAAUUCUCAAGCGCGUCUUUACAUGCUCUCUCGACUCGAUCUCUAUGGUGCCGACAAAUCCAAGGAAGAGGCUUGGGAACAUUUCUUUGCUAAGACUCGUGAAGAUAGAAGUAAGGCCGGUAAAGGUCUCUAUGAGGAAGGUGACUUUCUGGAAGACGAGCUCAUCGGUCUCGCUGGCUUGUCCAAUAGUAAGAUGGCCAAAGAGCGGCGCCGGGAGCUGUUGACCCUCAUUUACAAUGGUGUGCCGAUGAGCUUGCGUCCCAAAAUAUGGGGCGAGUGCACCGGUGCUUACAUGCUCAAAGAGCCCAUGUACUACCAGGACUUGCUUUCGAAUGGUCGCGAUACAGAUCUCAUUUGUGUUCAGCAAAUUGAUAUGGAUGUGCAUCGGACCAUGCCAAGUAACGUCUUCUUCAAUGGCAAAGGCCCGGGCGUUGAGAAACUGCGUCGCGUGCUCUUGGCCUUUUCUCGGCAUAACCCUGAGGUUGGUUAUUGCCAAGGCAUGAAUGCCAUCGCUGCAACACUUCUGCUCACACAUCCGACAGAGGAAGAUGCCUUCUUUGUUCUCUGCUGCAUCGUGGAGAAGAUAUUGCCACCUCGGUAUUUCACGCCAGACCUGUUGACGAGUCGUGCGGAUCAGAUGGUGCUCAAGCAUUUCGUCAAGGAGCUGUGCCAUAAAUUGCACAAGCACUUGGCGACCCUCUCCAUUGACUUGGAGGCUAUCACAUUUGGCUGGUUUCUGAGCAUCUUCACAGACUGCCUGCCUGCUGAGCUAUUAUUUCGCUGUUUCGAUAUUCUUUUCCUCGAAGGCCACGCAUUUCUAUUCGCCGUGGCCAUCACCAUCUUGCGCAUCAAUGAGAAGGCGUUGCUUGCGUGUUCAUCGCAGGAUCAGGUGUUUACGCUAUUGAAGGAUUUAGGGAAAGUGAGGGAAGCGAAUAUAGAUGAGUUUAUACGGAUGACGGAGGUGUGCAUGGCAGCAAUGCGGAGUCAUGCGCGUUUGGCUGUGGGAGCGUUGCAAGAGACGGCUGUGGAGCGUUUAUUAGAGCAGGCUGCUGCUAACAAGCGUGCUCGUGAAGCAGAGAGCUCCUCCCUCUUCCGAUCAAACCGCGUGCGCUCCGCCAGCACCAACGCGAGUCUCGAUGAUGCAAAGAAACCACAACAGCAUUUCCCACAACGUCUCAGGAAUUUGUUCAAACUCAAUAUACGUGAUCGUAAUCGAGACCGGAGCGUCUCAAGCCCGAAGCCAAGCUCACAUGGUGGACAUGCCGGUUUGAGCAAGACGGCUGGCUCACAUGAUGAAAUGGGCGCUUUGGAGACACAGUCGGGAAGGGCGACGCCAGCGCUGGGUUUGCCGCUUGACGAGGGGUUACGAGGUCAGGAUGGCAAGUUACGUCGCAUUGCCUCUGCGCCGGAUACCAAGAGCUUACUGACUGCGGCGCUUCAAGGAGAUGGUAAAAGUACGUCGGGUUUAUUGACAGCGGAUGAUGCCUUGCGGCCAACGACGAAUGGGUCUGCCGUGACAUUCGGAUCUGUUCCCUUAACAGCAUCGAUUGAUGGCGACGUCGGACAGCUGACACCUCCCACCGGAGAGACAAGCGAUGCAGCGCUUGAUGAUGGUUCAUCGCGAUUGAAUGCGAAAAAGACAUUCAGACGCACGCACAGCAGUCAUUCUAUGCGCAGCCGCGCUGUUGAAGUCGGCCCUGACUCAUUCGACAAGCUCAAGUUGCUCGGCAAGGGCGAUGUUGGAAAAGUCUAUCUUGUUCGUGAAAAGAAGACAUCUCGUUUGUUUGCAAUGAAGGUCCUGAGCAAAUCAGAAAUGAUCAAGCGCAAUAAGAUCAAGCGUGCCUUGGCCGAGCAGGAAAUUCUGGCAACCUCCAAUCACCCAUUCAUUGUCACGCUGCAUCAUUCCUUUCAGAGUGACGAGAACCUGUAUCUGUGUAUGGAGUACUGCAUGGGCGGCGAGUUUUUCCGGGCUCUGCAAAGCAGGCCUGGCAAGUGCUUGAAAGAAGAGGAUGCCAAAUUCUAUGCUGCAGAGGUGACGGCCGCCCUGGAAUACCUGCAUCUGAUGGGCUUCAUCUAUCGCGACUUGAAGCCAGAGAACAUCCUCCUGCAUCAUACUGGGCACAUCAUGUUGUCAGACUUUGAUCUCUCCAAACAAUCGACAGCGCAAGGUGCGCCUGGCAUGAUUGUUUCUGCAAAGGGUACUACCAUUCAUUCAUUGCCAGCUGUCGAUACCAGAUCUUGUGUUGGAGGAUUCAGGACAAAUUCGUUUGUCGGGACUGAAGAGUACAUUGCACCUGAAGUCAUCAACGGAAACGGCCACACUAGUGCAGUGGAUUGGUGGACACUUGGCAUCUUGCUCUAUGAAAUGCUGUUCAGCACAACGCCAUUCAAAGGUAAGAACCGCAAUAUGACAUUUGCCAAAAUUCUCAAGAACGACGUUCCUUUCCCAGAGUCACCCCUGGGCCACCAAGUCUCUUCGAACUGCAAAAACGCAGUCAAGCGGCUCCUCAUCAAAGACGAGCAUAAGCGACUGGGCUCCAAAGCCGGUGCAUCUGAAAUCAAGACACAGCCCUUCUUCCGCAAUAUCCAAUGGGCAUUGCUUCGCCAUACUAAACCACCCAUUAUACCACAACCUGGCAAGGGUAUCGAGGCAACCAAUUUCCGCGCUAUGAAGGAAAGCAUGAGCAUUGAUAUUUGCAAUGCAACCGCUAUUACAACGACUGCUGCAGGUGUGCCGAUGGGUGCACAAACGCCAAAAGGCUUGAUUGACUUUGAUCCCUUUGGUAAUUUCAACAGCAUCACGUUGCAUCAUGAUGAUACCGGCAUCGUGCAUCAUAUCGAUGAAGACCACCGGCGUCGACAGAGUGGUGGACAAGAUCUCGAGCAACCUAUUCUUGGAGUCAAAUAA